AUGCAAUUCCAGCAUUGGAUUGAUAUCUGCGCUUUGACGACACCGCUUGACAGCUAUUCCAUGAUACGAGAAAUGCCAGUUGUUGCUGAGUUCCUCGGGUUUAGGUCUCAGGAAGACGAAUUCCUCAGGGCCGGUAGUACAGUCACGAGCGAACGAUCGAAAGUAGCAGUCAAAGAAGAGCUCCUCAUUCUUAGCAGGGAUAGACGCGAGAUAAUUGUCUUCAAAGAGUUCCUGCUGGCUCAGCUAGACGCCUGGGCUUUGGCUGUCCUCUUGUUGUUGCUCUUCAUCUGCGCUAUAAUCUGUGCUAAGAAAGAGUCGGUAAGAGCUCUAAAGGAGUAG